CUCUCUUGAUUACCACUUGCGCAUCUCACAUACAUACAUCAGCCUUCGAAUUUGAACACUUGGAUAAAAACGCGACGAAUUACGCUGAACUAAGGAUAUUUAGAAGAGGAAGAGGAAGGCAGAAAUAAUGUCUUCAUCAACCCACCUCCCCCUCCUCUUCACCCUUCCCCCCUCCUCCCGCCACGACUUCCUCCUCCUAGACACGAGCGCCAAAAUCUCCCUAAAAGCGCUCAAUAAGCAAAUCACAAGCACCAUUGCUAGUAGUCCGAACUGCACGGAAUUCAUGGCAAAGCACAAAGCCAAAGACGGCCCCGCAGAGCAAAUCCAAGAGUUCAAAAUCCACUGGGACGUCAAGGGGCGUGAGAAAUUAUGGCCCGAGUAUACUGUUUUGACGGAAGACAAUAUAAGCGCGGUGGUAGAGUUGCUCAAGGGAAACCCGGGGAUGGGGGUUUUGGAGGUGAAGUUGGGCAAGGACGAGUGAAGAGAAACAAGAAAACGUAAUGUGUAACUGACGUUUAAACGAUAAAUAUUCCAUAGUAGCCAUAUUUUUAUAUAUUCAUGACCACCAACCAAACUGAAC